AUGGCAGUUAACAAGAUUUCUGUUGCAGAUCUUGUCAAGUUUGAGGAGGGAGAUAAAAUAGAUCUUACAGAGCUUGAGGAGAACAAGGACUCUGUGUAUGCAGCUAUAAGAGAAGAGGUCUUCGAUGCGGCCAAGCAAACUAAGAAGAAAAGCAAGAAGGUGGUAGAGGACUUCUAUGAGGUUGUUCCGUCUACGAGUCUGGAGAAGAUGAUGGACAAGAUUCUUCAGAGGGAGAAGGCAAAGGAGACUGGAGCUGUGCUUUUCGAGAAAAACUUCAAGUACGAGUUUGACAAGAAGAUGAGAAGAAUAAAGAGAAUAAAAAGCAAGACAUACAGGAGGAUACGAAGACAGAACAAGCUUAAGAACAAGGAGGUGCUGGAGGAGAAUAUGCAAGAAAACCAAGGGGUGCAGCAAGACAGGGCUCGACCACUUAUCCCAGAUGUGCUUCUGAAAGAGGUAGAGGAGGUAGAGGAAGACACGCCUAUACUUAGUUUUGGGGGAGAUGAGAACAGAGGAGAGAAUGAGCAGGAGAGACUGGUUAGGCUUGCAUUCAAAGAUGACAUUGAGGAGCAAGAAAAGGCUUUUGCAAAAGAAAAAGAGGAGGUUGUGAAUGAGGAAGCACCAAGAGUUGAGGAGGUUGUUCUUCCUGGAUGGGGAGAGUGGGCUGGCCCGGGGCUGGAGGUGGUCAAGACAAAGAGUAAUACCAUAAGAAACAUUGUGGAGGGAAUAAAGUACUCUAACAGAAAGGACUUCAAUAGAUCACACAUCAUUAUCAACGAAAAGGCACUGGAGGUAGAUAAGAGGUUUCUGGCAGAGCUGCCUUUCGGAUAUACUGAAAACGAGUACAACGAGAAGAUUGGCACCUCCAUUUCUAGAGAAAGAAAUACACUUCGGAUAUUUAGGAAGCUUGUUCGCUCAAAGGCAUGCCAUGUGAAUAGUAAGGCGAUCGAGCCGUUCCAUUACAGCCCUGAAUAA